UACCAGGAAAUGUCAACAGUGCCAGCAGGCUGGCCGUUAGCAAUUAUUUCUUAUGCCUGUAAAUAGCAUAUUUCUUGGUCGGAUUGAAUAAUGACCUGAUGAAAGUUAAUGCCGGUUGCAUUUUUGAGUCCGGUUUAGCAUUAACUUGUUACUACCCGAGCGCGCGGGACGCAUUGGGAAAUAGAUAUUGGCCCGGGGUCGUUGCACUAUGGACCGAGGGCAGCGAGGUCCGUACAAAAACGACCGAGGCCAAUAUUCCCCAGUGCGGCUCAAACAAACUAGCUUAGUUCCUAGUUUAUGACAUGGCACCGGGACCAUGGUUGUUAACUGCAUUUGCCGGGCUUUCUACAACAGAAAACGCACAGGUUAUUACAGAUUCUAUGGUAAAAUCCCGAACGGGAAAGAACCAAGCAGAGCGCUUAGCUUUACCCCAAGGCUACCUUGUCAUGUAGUAAAACCGGUUAACAUCAUUAUUUUCAUGCGAUUAUCUACACGAAUAAUUGCAGGUGACUGAUGACCUUGAGGAAUGGAUUCAUUUCGUAGGGAGCGUAUCUAUGCAAGGUUGCAAUAGUGUGGAGGAUUGCAUAGUAAAGAUGGGCCCACGAGGAGACGCAAAAUCCAAAUUGUACUGUAACGAAUGUAAAGAAGAUACGAUGCAUCACGUGUGGUCAACUAUAGUGGAAGAGCCCGAACUCUUAUUAAUCCAGCUAAAGAGAUUUAACAACAACGGAAAGAAACUGAGGAGAAAAAUGAAAGUGACACAAGAGAUAGACGUUUCAGCAGUGUGUUCCAUUCAGCCGGGAGAUAAUCUUUCCUACAGUUUAAUGGGAGCUAUUUUACAUGAAGGUCAGACCAGCAUUUCAGGCCAUUACACCUCGCUAUUGAAGCUCCACGGGUGCUGGCACUUAUUCGACGAUGAACGCAUUUCAAAAGUCAACGACACUAAUGCGGCAGCGGAGCUGGAAGUAUGUUGUGAUAAUUCCUGCAAUAUCUAUGUUACGCUAGUAUUUGACUCUUUAGAAAUGUUGUAAUGAGUUGUUCGUUAUAAUGCACUGUCGUACAAUUAACAGCGAAGCGCAUAUUUGCUGUUCUUCGAGAAGAAGACGGAAGUCAAACCACUUUCCAGUCAGAAGCCAAUCUGCAAAUACUCCCCAAUGGAGAAAGGCAAGUGCAUCAUGAGAACAAUACUAUUAGUGUACAUUUCACAUCCCUAGUCACGGUUGGUUUCUAUCAUUAAAAAUGCAUUUGUCCUUAUUUUUAGAAACCUCAGAAGUUUCUAGCGAAACAAAUAUAUUUGGGCCAGCAGUGGACAGU